AUGGCGUCGCCACAAACCGAGAUGGCAGACACUAACGGAUCCCUCCUCACCGCUUCUCUCAAGCAUAUUGAGGAUAUACGCAGUCUCUCUGUGUGCAAGAUCUGCAUGAGAUCCUUGUACGAGCCGUUCAUCCUCUCGUGCGGUCACACCUACUGCUACUCGUGUCUUGCCAGCUGGUUUGGUGGGGCGCUGAGGAGGAGGAGCAAGAAAAACUGUCCAGACUGCCGGGCCAGGAUAACGGCUGAACCAUCUCCUAAUUACAUCCUUCGAGAUCUGGUCCACAUGUUAACUGGUCGAGCCGAGUUGCUACCUGAAGACGAGACUUUACAGGAACACCAGCUGGCCAAGGACGUGGAGGCAGCUCAGGUCGCGGCAGAUCGCACUGGACCUGGCCUUUUCAAAGGUAUUUUCGUGAGACCGAUACGUGGCCAGCUCCGCUGGGGUCAAGGAAUUCUAGAUCCCGAGGACAAUGUCCUCCGGUGUCCCGAGUGUCACUGGGAACUUGAAGAUGGUGAAUGUCCGCACUGUGGUUUCCAUGAAAUGUAUGAUUCGAAUGGUCCGCUCGAGUCCGAUUUCGACUCGGAUAGCGUGACUGACUUGGAGGUCGCUGCAAUCGAGGAUCCAUGGGGCUUCGGAUUAAGGCGUCGACAUAGCUUGAACUGGCAUCAUCACGAGAUAUCCCCCGCAUUAAGUGAAACAGACGAGGAGGACGACUAUGGCGAGGAGGAUGAUUUGGAUGACUUCAUCGACAAUUCCUUAGACGAGGACAAUGACGACACAAACAGCGAGUCCACAAUGACCAUGUACAACCGUCAAUGGGCAGAGAAUACAAGGCACCACAAUGCCCGGAAUCACGAUGCCUCGGAUGCUGAAAGUCAAGCAUCUGCAGACAGUGGUCAUGAUCACUUUGGUAGAUAUGGGGACUACAUUCACCGUCUGCGAAAUGAAGUUUGGGGACCAUCCGACGCAGAGACAAACUACGAUGAAAUGACAGAAGCCUCUGAGCACGAGACUACCUCGCCCCCAGCAGACUUGGAAAGAUCAAGAGCAUUGCGGGCUAUCGCGAGGCGACGUGUCGUGAGUGACGACGAUGACGACGAUGACGAUGAGGGUGAGGAAGAAGAGGGACAGGAGGAGGAUGGAGAUGAAGAACCCGAGGAUGAAGAUGAAGAUGACGAUACACAGCACUCGGAAACUGAGGGCGAUCAGAGUCACUCCGAGUCCGAAGAAUCAGAUGUACGACCGCCCCAGCCGUCGUCUCGACGGAGACAGCAUUUGCAGAGUCAACGCGCCCGACGAAACGACUCUAACCAUCAGUCCAAUAUGGAGGGGGCCCAGAGACGAAACAGCCCUGUCAGGCAACAGUAUCGCCAUCGUCAGAGAAGCAACAUACCUAGGAACAGCGCUUCAGGGCGAAGGACCGGCUACCAGCAACCUUUCGAAAGACCAGGGUAUAAUCCGGGGAUGCAAGUCGGACGCAUAACGGGCUAUUCUUUGUGA